ACCUUUAACUGUGUGAGUGUCAGAGUGUGUGUCACUGUUGUGUCACGUUGAGUUGUUCAUAUUUUAAGAUUAAAUAAGACGCAUAUAAUAAUAUUUAUUAAUAUACAAAUAAUCUAAAUAAAAAAACAUUAAAAAAUAUAAACAACGUGUAUUAAAUAGUCAGUGUAAAAAAAAUAAAUUUAUAAAUUUAUCAAAAUAUAUUAAUACAAAAUUUAAAUUUAUAAUUUUUGAGGUUAUAUUCAGUUGUAUACAUUUGUUAAUUGAAUAAUAAUUAUAAAAAUGAAUUUUUCUGAUCCCUCAAAAACUGGUCAACCAGGUGGAAUACAAUCCACAACACCAGGAUUUGGAGCUGGUACAAAUGAUCCAAAUAAACCACUUGGUGCAUUUUCUAUGCCUUCAAUGCAAAAUCAAGCAAAACCUGGUGGUUUUACAUUGGGUUCAACACCAGCACCGGCAUUUGGUUCAACACCAGCACCAACAUUUGGUUCAUUAGGCACACCAGCAACAUCAACACCUGGAGCUUUGUCAUUUGGUGCUACACCAAUGAAUCAACCAUCUACACUUUCAUUUGGCACAACACCAGCAGCAUCAACUGGUGGUAUAUCAUUUGGCAUGAAUACAAAUACACCAGCAACAAGUUUUGGAGCAAUGAAAAUGCCAAGUUUAACAACAGCAACACCAAAUACAGCACAAGGCGGAUUGUCAUUUGGUACACCAAAAACAUCAACAACAAGUGGUUUUACACUUGGUGGUACAACAACAAAUACUGGUACAACUCCAGCACCAGCAUUUGGCUCUUUACCAACACCAGCAUCAACUGGUUUUACACUUGGUGGUGGUGCAACACUAACAACAACAAAUCCACCAGCCCCAGCAGCAACAACUGGUGGUGGUAUUAGUUUUGGUAUGACAAAUACAUCAAUAGCACCAACAAGUAUACCAUCAACUGGUUUAACAUUAAGUACACCAGCUUCAAUUGCUCCAACAUCUGCUACAUCUGGAUUUAGUUUAUUAUCAAAUACAACAACAACAACAGCAGCAGCAACAACAACAACCACAACAACUUCUGCAACACUUGGAUUUUCUUUGACUGGUAAUACUGCAUCAACAGCAGCUUCAACUGGAUUUACAACAAGUACUGCAGCUGUUACUUUACCAAGUACUGCUAAUACUGCACCACCACCAACAACACUUGGAAAUGUUACAACUGUUACACCAUCAUCAAAUAGUGGACAAAGUAAUUCAAUAAAUUUUUGUCAACUUGAAGAAUCAAUAAAUAAAUGGACACUUGAAUUAGAAGAACAAGAAAGAGCAUUUGUUAAUCAAGCCACACAAAUAAAUGCAUGGGAUAAAUUAUUAAUAGCAAAUGGUGAAAAAAUUGUAACAUUAAAUGAAGAAGUUGAACGUGUUAAAGUUGAACAACAAAAAUUAGAACAUGAACUUGAUUAUGUUGUUGGACAACAAAAAGAACUUCAAGAUUGUCUUAUACCACUUGAAAAAGAAAAUUCAUCAUUAUCAGUAUCUGAUUCAGAGCGUGUUUCAACAUAUAGAUUAGCUGAAAAUCUUGAUACACAAUUAAAACAAAUGUCAGAAGAUUUAAAAGAAAUUAUUGAACAUUUAAAUGAAGCUAAUCGUGGACAAGAUUCAAGUGAUCCAAUGGUACAAAUUGGUAAAAUUUUAAAUGCACAUAUGAAUAGUUUACAAUGGCUUGAUCAAAAAACAUCAAUAAUUGGACAAAAAAUUCAACAAAUUGAUCAAUUACAUCAAAAUUAUCGUCAAGAAAAUGAAAGAAGUUUUAGUCUUGCAUAUAAUUAAUUACAAAAACUCCAAAAUCUAGUUUAUAACAUCAAUCUUGUAUUUUAAAUAAAUAAAUUUUUCUUUUUUUUUUUACUUAUUAAAUAUUAAAAUAUAUAAAAUUUAUUUAAAAACUAAUACCUG